UCGAUUUUUGAGCCUAGCCGCAGGCGUGCCGCAGCGAUGCGCCGGUCGCUGUGGCUGCCCACCGCACUACUAUGUGCCGCCUCACAGCCGCCGGAACCACGAUUAGCCGGGCCCAAGAUGCACAAAACAGCCUCGACAACCCUAGGUGGCAUCCUGGCGCGCGCGGCCAACAAAUACAAGUGGCAAGCGCGACUCUACGGCACGACACAUCCUCUGGACCCGGCGCCGCGCUUCGGCAGCCGCCUCAAAAAGGCCGAGACGCCUUCUAUAUUAUACGCGCACGUGUAUGGUUCCGCGAACGAGGGCAACCCGUCCGACGUCAUGCUGCUGCCCUCCGGCAAGAAGUUCAAGAUGCGGCGGUUACCUGUGUAUGAGUUUGCACAAUUGCAGACGUAUUACGGGAAAGCCGUGCCGGGCGCGCGACUCGUCGUUUCGCUGCGAGAACCGCUCGCGCGCUACAUAUCGAUGAUGAACUACUUCGCGCACGCCGAGCGGGACACUAAGAAGGAGCUCGAUGGCGACACUACACAGCUGUUCUUCGAGGCAUUACGGAAGCAUGUGGCCAGGGGUAGAGGUGGCGACUACCAGUCUCGUGUUUUGGGCUUGCGCAAUGCGUCUGCUACGUCGUCAUUCAUCCAGCAGAUGGACAACAUCCUACUCCUGACAACAGCGAGGAUGGACGAGAGUUUAAUUGUAUUGAGGAGAGCUCUAGGCUGGGCCCCCGAGGAUAUUUUGCAUCUAGAUGUCCACGUGUCCUGUUCUGAUGGAGUGCGCUAUGAUGGAAGAGCAGUUCUUUGUGUCGAACCGUUGCUCAAGGAGCUCCCUCGUGAUUUGCACGAGGCGAUCGUUUCGCUCCAUCGGAACGACCUCCUGCUCUACAAUGCUGCGGACGCUGCAGUAGCAUCGCGAUUUGUGAAGCUGGGUCCCGAUGGAGAACAAGAAAGGGAUAAAUUACGCCUGAGAAAGCGCCAGCUCGCCUUCCACUGUCAAAGGGAAGGGCCCUCGUCGACCUACCGACCGGACAAGGCGGCGUUCGACGGCGACCCCUGCGUGCCGUAUCUGAUCAACGACGCGUCCUUCCAGAUGUACCUGUCGCGGCGGCCGCCUUCUUAUGUAUUUGACGGGCGGACCUUCAUUGAUAAAUCGGGUACUCCGGUCAAAAGACAUAAAAAAGAGUGGCGCGACGUCUUCCAUUUGCGCGCUUUACAAUACAACGUGUCCUACGGGACCUUGCCCGGGGAACUUGCAAAGCGUCUAGAAAAGCGUCGGUCGGUGCCGACGACGCGGGGCGCGGCGCGUGCUGCGAAGCGUCGUGUCCAGCGGCGCCCGGGCAAGGGUCACGAGAUGUGACUCAUCGGCCUCCCCCACGCCAUCGACGCGGCUGUGAUAUUAACUUUAGUGUGAC